AGUGACUCUCAACAGACCCUUUCCCAUCAUCACAUCACAUAUGUGCUAGACGGAAUUAUUUUUAAUUAAAUAACCGCAUCUUUCUGUCUGUGGGAUAAUCUUCCUAUAAGUUGUUGGGAAACGUAGCUACACAUUGUCAGUAUUUCCGCGCAUCACGUAGUGGAAUCACCUCAAUACGCCACAAGUACCUUCGAACGUCUCCGGCUUUCGAGCUUGAUACCGCUCUUAGGCGGAUCCCUCCUCCCCACAUUGGUAUGGUAAUGACGAUGGGAGUCAUUUAUCUCGCACGAUGCUGCCGCCGCCGCCACUUGUACCUCUAACUCGAUCGCUUAUAGGAAAAAAACAACUUUGACGUCGCUGUUUACAUUCCUGGCUAAGCGAGACACGACGCGCGACCAUCGCGAAAGGAAUUUUUAUUUUUGCAUCUCAUUCGGGUAAUCUUUCGCUCAUCUGUCCAUUUCAGUGCUUCCGCGCGCCUCGAGUAGUCAACAUGCUGUCGCUGUCGUAGGGUGGCUGCCGUCCACUGCCUCCCGCAGGACACACAUCACCCUUCCAGCUGUGUUGAAUCGACCGAAUCGCCGCUCCGGUAGGUGGAAGUGCUUAGUUUAGUUUUUUUUUUAUCUCGAGCCAACGAAAACAAACCAAAUCUCUGCAUCGGGCCGAUAGACAAUCAGUCCUGUUGAUAAGAUAAAUAGUACCCAAAGGUGUGCGCGUGUCUGUGAGUGCCGUCGUAGAUAGACCCGGUCCAGAGUAGUACAACACAGACCAGACCAGACCAGCAAGCCUUAGAAGAGAUACAACGCACUACGCGAUGCACUCGUCGGACAAGUGGGCAAAUAGUGUAUUCAGGACGUUGUACGAUGGAGGAGCAUCGUACGGGGAACGGUACGGGCCACAGCUUGUCAGCACCAGCAAAGACAGUCUCAAUUUCAUCCAGCGGUUGGAUCUUUGGAAGCAGCUCAAAGUGCACCGAGGUUGUGUGAACACAGUUUUUUGGAGUGACGACGGACAGCUGCUGCUGUCCGGUUCGGACGACCAACAUAUCGUCAUCAGCAGUCCGUUCACCGGCCGGGUUCUGUUCCAGCACAAAACAACCCAUCGGGCUAACAUUUUCAGUGCUCGAUUUUUACCACACAGUGGUAAUCGGGAGAUCGUCUCCUGCUCCGGCGAUGGCAUCGUGCUGUACACUGAACUGAAGGAUGUUGCUCAGCAACCGGCGGAGGCACACGAACGUAACCUGAAUUACUUCAACUGUCACAGCAAUGGGACCACGUACGAGGUGCUGACGGUUCCAACCGAACCGAGAACCUUCAUGAGCUGCGGCGAGGAUGGCACGGUGCGACUGUUCGAUCUGAGGAAGAUGACUCGCUGCCUCAAGACUUGCUGCAAAGAUAACAUCCUCAUUCUGAGCCCGUCUGCCGUCACGUCGAUGGCGUUGUCUCCGAUUUCGAUGAACUACAUGGCCAUCGGAAGCUCGGAUAGUCACGUGCGAAUUUAUGACCGUAGGUUCCUCAAGCUGGUGGACUGUGAUUCCCCGGGAUCGCCGAAUGACCGGCACACGGUGCCGGUGAAAGUAUUCACCAACCCAUCGGGCGAGAAACGAUCGUUUCGGGUGACCUCGCUCGCAUACAGCCAUGAUGAGAGUGAACUGUUGGUGAACUACUCAUCCGACCAUUUGUACCUGUUCGACGUCACGAAGGAGGGCAUCGAGGUGGACGCGGCCCAAGCGUCCGGCAGUACGGACAAGGGCAAACGUUGCUCCAAAACUCAGCACAGUAUUGACAGUCCGCCUCCGGUGCGACGGUUACGUUUGCGUGGGGAUUGGUCCGAUACCGGACCGGAUGCACGACCGGCCCGUGAGAUGGCCUCGCGGGUAAUCGGGGCCGGCCAGGCUCGUCCACAACUGCAGGCUACGAUUAUGCACCGUAUGACUGAGGUUUUGUCGCGAAUGUUGGCCGACCCCCGGACGCGCAUUGGAUUGACCCACACAAACGAACUGACGAACGAUAGCGACCUGGCAAACGUGGUUGAUGAUUUCCGUAACUUUGCCAGCAGCAGUGGAACUGCUGCUGCUGCUGCUGAGGAGCAACCGCCAGCAGGUCAGAGUGCAGAGCCUCAACCGUCGACGAGCAGGGGCCAAACGGCCAGAGGAGCAUCCGCUAGUACAAAUCGCAAAACGACAGCCCCUCUCAGCGAUGACGACGAUGAUGACGAUGACGAUGACGAAGAUGAGGGGGGGAAACGACGAGAAAACGAAGACGACAACAGCGAAAAACCAAACCAAAGAAACAAGCCUGAGAGCAGGGAGGAUGAUGCUGCGUAUGAAGAGGAAUUGAAUAAACUGAAGGAUCUCGAAGCGAAUGCCAUCAAUUAUAAUUAUGUUGUGCGGAAGUUCCUCGGUCACAGGAACGCUCGCACAAUGAUUAAGGAAGCCACCUUUUGGGGCAACGAUUAUAUCAUGUCCGGGUCAGACUGUGGCCAUGUGUUCACAUGGGAACGCGCGACCGGGCGGUUGGUAAUGCUGAUGGAAGCUGAUCAGCACGUGGUUAACUGUGUCCAGCCGCAUCCGUCGCUGCCCAUUCUCGCCACUUCAGGUAUCGAUUACGACGUGAAAGUGUGGGCUCCAAUGGACGAGGAGAAAAUUCGCUUCGACCAGGAGGCGGCAAAUGAUCUCAUCGAACGCAAUGCAGUCAUGCUGGAGGAAACCAAAGAUACUAUAACGGUGCCGGCCUCAUUUAUGAUCCGUAUGCUUGCCUGCAUACACUCGCUUCGGCAUCGGCGGGGAACAAACGGUGGCCCAUCGGCAUCCGCCAAUGGUGGUGGUUCGACUAACGGUGGGGGCAGCGAUAAUGGGGGUACCAGCAAUGGAGAUAAUGGUAACAGUGGAGACGGAGAUGGUAAUGGUGGUGGGUCCAAUGGACCCGCAGAAGGAAGCGGAGGAGGCGAUAGUGGGAAUGCGGAACAUUUCCUUUGAGCGAUGGUGUAUUCCAAGAAAUAAUCUAAAUUCGCAGCAUUAGCAGCAUCGAAGAGAUUUCCCAGAGUAUAUGAGAGAUGUGAUUUCUGUUGUAGAAUGAAUAAUGGGUAGGAACACUAGCUAUCUAAUGAAUUGUUUCCUGCAUAAUAUCGAUAUGAGUUUUAGUAAUUCAUUUGUUAACGUGUACCAUUUAGAUGCACUGUUUUGUUACAAUAAAUUGACUUCCCGAUGGUUCCAACCAAAAA